GAGGCGUUCUUCGGUCGGAUUCUCCUGGAUCAGAGUCGCCAAGUAGAAAGGAGGCCGGAGGCUGCAGGCGUCGGCCAAUCAGGAGCUUCGACAGACGUGAAAGGCCCUGCCCCCUUUAUACAAGGCCCCGCCCCCUCCGGCCUGCCCCUCGCCGCCAUGUUGACAAACCCCAUCAAGAAGCAGGGAUCGCUGCCCAUGACUGAGGAAGCUCUGUUGGAUCUUUCUGAUGUUCUCAACACUGAUCCUCACAUACUGGCCACAGGACACUCAGGUCAGUUCCAGGGGGAGUGCUCCCUCUCUCCGUUUGCUGGUUUGGACAUCAGCUCCAUGGACAGCCUGACAGGAAGUGGGCGUGGCCAAAGGGUGCAGGAAGAGCCUCUGGACGCCAUCCUGAGUCCUGAACUCGACAAGAUGGUCACUGACGGUGCCAUCCUCAGCAAACUGUACAAGAUCCCAGAGCUGGAGGGGAAAGACGUGGAGGACGUGUUCACGGCCGUCCUCAGUCCAAAUCGCAGCAACAACCAACAACAGGAACACACACACUCUGCUGCUGGGAGCAAGACACACACACACCACGCAGUGUUUCCUCGCCUCCCGAUGGUGAACGGCCUCAUGGGAGUCGCCUCUCCUCUCUUCCAAAGCAGCCAGAGUCCGGCGGCCUAUAGAAUGCCUCCUCCUGAGAGCCCCGCCCCCUCCCCGUCCCCGUCUCCGUCCAAUCGGGGAGCAGAGGGCGAGCCGGAAGUGAUGUCGACGGCUCAGAGAGGAAUGUUGAAGUGGGAGAAGGAGGAGGAGCUGGGAGAAAUGGCCACCGUCGCUCCUGUCCUCUACUGCAACACCAAGUUCCCCCAAAUGAAGGAGGAGCACCCCGACUGGUCGACCCGAGUGAAGCAGAUCGCUAAGCUGUGGAGGAAAGCCAGCUCUCAGGACAGAGCUCCCUUCGUGCAAAAGGCUCGAGACAACAGAGCGGCUCAGCGAAUCAACAAGGUGCAAGUGUGCAACGAGCCAAUCAAACGGCCCCUCAUCCCACAGCCCCUCCCCCCUCUACCACCACCAUCAGCGUUGACCCCGGGACCUUUUGACCCCGACUCCAUGGACUGUGAUGCCUUCAGGGACUCAGACGAUGCGUUCAGGGACUCUGAGGGAUUCAGGGACUCCGAUGGGUUCAGGGACUCCGAUGCGUUCAGGGACCCUCUGAGACCCCGGGAAACGGAGCAGGAACAAGAGUGGAAGUUCAGACAGGGAGAGGGUAAAGACAGAGGGGGAGCCAAAGCCCUAAAAUCACCAUCAGAUAAAGAUUGUCCCUACCAGGCACCUGUAGCAGGACCAGAGGCUCUGGUAAUGCGUCAGAAGAGUAAACAACAGGCGAAAAUCGAGGCGACCAUAAAGCUGGAGCAGGUGAAGAGUGAGCAGCUCCGUCAGCAGAACCUCUUGCCCCCCGUCUCCCCUGAUGCUGGCAGCAACUCCCCCUCGGAUCACCCUCCGUCCAGACACCAUGACGACGUGUUCCUCCGCCCACAAGCCCCGCCCCCAUCCGGUUUCUCUUCCCUCCCCCAUUCGCCCCUCCCUUCCUCCCCUCUCCACCAACCACCAUCCUCCCCUCAGAUGUUCUCUCCACCGUCGUCCCGCCCCUCCUCCCCCUGGGACCCCUACAGUAAGAUGGGGGGCACGCCUCGCCCCGCCCCCCCCUCCCAGAGUAACCAGGCCCCCCCCCUGCAGCGCCACAACUCCCUGGGAGGAGCCUCGCCCGCCCACGACGCCUUCGGCUCCCCCGCACCCUCCCCGACUCCAAGACCCCCGACAGGAACCUGGGAAACCUACAAGCAGGCUCGCUCCGUUAUGAUGAGCCCUCCCUCAGGCUCAGCCCCAUCAGGUCUGGUCUCCAUGCGAGGCUCAGAGUACCAGAGGCCUCCUCCCAGUACCCUCCGUGUUGGGGGGUCUGAACUGUACAAUCGUGGGGGUGAACUGGUCCAGGGCGGUUUGUUUAAAGCCCCGAUGCCCCCUCAGGAGUCCUUUGGCCCCCCAGGAGGAGUUCGUAGACCCACAGAUCUGGGUUUUGACUUCCCUUCCAGUCCACUAUCAGGACUUGGUUCCCCUCAUCGGAGCCCCUACGCCCAACAGAUCCCAGACCCCUUUUCCCAGCUUUCCCCCGGGACCGCCCGUCCACAUUCUGACCCAGCAUACCUGUCGCAGUACAACCAGCAGUCCACCAGUAGGAGGCCGUCCCCCUCCCAUCAGAACCUGGACCCCUACGCCUCAAACCCCGGGACCCCUCGCCCAUUCCCUCGAUCCCCAGGAGGACAGCGCAACAACGACCCCUACAACCAGCAGCCCUCCACCCCGAGACCCUCCACUGGGGAGGGACUAGGACUCUCUGAGACCUUCACCCCACAACACCACCAGUUGCAGCAGUCUCCAGGAAGACUACAACAGCAUCAGGACUCAUUUCCCAGAACCCCCGGGGGCAGCCAGACCCCAAAGCACCCUGGGAUGUCGGAGGAGAGCGGGUACCACGGCGGUCAGACUCCGGUUCACGACCCGUUCGAGCAGCAGGGUCACAUGACACCAGGCCCCUCACAGACAGACAAGACGACAGCCAAUGAGAUGGCAGUGCUGGGCGGGGCCUCCUUAGACGGACCAAUGAGCAUGCUGCCUCAGCUCGGGGACUCCGAGGAGAAGCUCAGACAGCGUCAGCGUCUCCGGCAGCUGAUCCUGAGGCAGCAGCAGCAGAAGAGUGCUCUGCGUCAGGAGAAAGGUCUGCAGGAAGCUGGUUCUGCUGUUCUCCCCGGACCCCCUUCUGGUUCUGCUGCACCACGUCUCUGGCCCCAGCCGGACCCCUCAGCUAACCCUCCUGCAGAGAUGUUUGGAAGGCCCCCGCCUCCUUACCCCGGCACCAUGAGGCCCGUUGGACCAGCUCAGGUUCCCCGGUUCCCUGGAGGGUUCCCUGUGGAGCAGCAGAGGGGCUUCACCCCCAGAGAGAUGGGGGUCCGAGGCCCGGUCAUGAGGUUUGGCGUUCCUCAAGGAGCUCCAGCAGGGCUCCAGGACUCCUUCCUGCGUCUUCCCCAGGGAUCAGUGCCUGUCUCUGGGCUCGGCCUGAUGGAGGGAGUCCCGGCCCAGAUGAGGAGGCCGAUGCCGGGGGAUUACACCGGGAUCCGGCCCCUCCCUGCUCCUGGAGCUCACCCUCACAUGAUGCAAGGUGUCCAGCAGCCCUUCCUCCCGCGCUCCCUCCCCCUGCAGCAGCACAGCAUCAUGGGACAGCCGUACAUCGAGCUGCGUCACCAGGCUCCAGAGCACCGUUUGAGGCUGAACUUCCCCCAGCCUGAGACCCAUAUUCUGCCCCCCAGAGACCCUCAUCCUUCCCCCCUCAGACCCAUGGGCCAGCAGGUGACUCUGGAGCAUCUGAACCAGCAGCAGCAGCAUCAACAGAGCCUGGAGAACCUGGAGGAACACCUGGAGGACUCGGCUGUGAAAGACCUGGAAGACGUGGAGGUGAAAGACCUGGUGGACCUGAACCUGAACCUGGACCCUGAAGACGGUAAAGAGGACCUGGAUCUGGGAACCAACGACCUCCACCUGGACGACUUCCUGCUGUCGGGGAAGUUCGACUUGAUCGCCUACGCCGACCCGGAGCUGAACCUGGAGGACAAGAAGGACAUGUUCAACGAGGAGCUGGACCUGGGAGAACAGGUGGAGGAGGCGGGGGACAGGAAGUCAGAACUGGCUCAGGUGAAACAGGAAGUUCUGGACGGAGCCCAGACUGAAACAGGAUGUGGAUCUGGAUCAGGAUCAGGGUCUCUGCCGGCUUUCCAGACCCAGGAACAGGCUCUGUCAGUGGGCAUGGCUCCUAGGGUUCAGACCCCCAUGGCUGGAGCUCCGCGGCCCGUCUUCCAGCAGAGACCGUUUGGACCCCCUCCCUCGACUCUCUUCCCCCCCCAGAACCAGCUCCCUCACCCGGGCACCUCCACCCAGAACCAGGGCCCCUUCCUCCAGAACCAGAACCAGAACCAAAACCAGAUCCAAAUCCAGAUCCAGAACCAGAUCGAGACACAGAUCGCGGACCAGAUCCAGAACCAGCUCCAGUUGCAGGAUCUGGAGCAGAGGCACCUCCUCCUUCAGGACCAGCCUCUCCUCCUGCAGGACCUUCUGGAUCAGGAGCGCCAGGAGCAGCAGCAGCAGAAACAGAUGCAGGCGCUGAUCCGACAGAGGGGCCCCAACGACCCAGGGGCCCCCCCUAUAGACUUCGACUCGAUCUCAGACCCCAUCAUGAAGGCAAAGAUGGUGGCUCUGAAGGGAAUCAACAAGGUGAUGACGCAGAGCAGCCUGGGACUCAACCCCAUGGGCAUCAACAGGUUCCAGCAGGCUCCAGUACCCCCGGUUGCUCCGGUGGUCCCUGUGGCCCCCGUGGCCCCGGGUCCUGAGGCGCCCCCUCCCCACAUGGUGCUGCAGGACGGGAAGCUGCCCCCCCGGCUGGUGAGACCGAACCCCCCCAACUUCAGCCCGGGCUUCAGCAACGAGGCUCAGAGACGGCAGUACGAGGAGUGGCUCGGGGAGACGCAGCGCCUCCUGCAGAUGCAACAGCGCCUCCUGGAGGAGAAGAUGGCGGCGCACAGGAAGACCAAGAAGUCUCUGUCGGCCAAACAGAGGACGGCCAGGAAGGCGGGAAGAGAACUCACCGAGGAGGACGCCAACACCAUGAGGAGCGUCAGCGAACAGCAGGGGGCGCUGCAGAAACAGCUGGAGCAGAUCCGUAAGCAGCAGAAAGAUCACUCUGAGUUGAUCGAGGACUACAGGAGUAAACACCAGAGAGCCGGCGGCCCCCCACAGACGCCCCUGCUGCCCUUGCCAGGAAACCCCGUACAAACACUCAGACCAAACACCCCUGGUUGGACCCCGGGGGGCGUCGGGGCUCCGGGGGUUUUGGGGCAGAGAAUGCCUCUUAUUCUGUCCAAUCAGAUGCCCCCUCAGAUGCCCCCUCAGAUGCCUCCUCAGAUGCCCCCUCAGAUGCCUCCUCAGAUGCCCAAUCAGAUGCCCCCUCAGAUGCCUCCUCAGAUGCCCAAUCAGAUGCCCCCUCAAAUGCCUCCUCAGAUGCCCAAUCAGAUGCCUCCUCAGAUGCCUACUCAGAUGCCCAAUCAGAUGCCUCCUCAGAUGCCCAAUCAGAUGCCCCCUCAAAGGCCUCCUCAGAUGCCCAAUCAGAUGCCUCCUCAGAUGCCUACUCAGAUGCCCAAUCAGAUGCCUCCUCAGAUGCCCAAUCAGAUGCCCCCUCAAAGGCCUCCUCAGAUGCCCAAUCAGAUGCCCCCUCAAAUGCCUCCUCAGAUGCCCAAUCAGAUGCCUACUCAGAUGCCUCCUCAGAUGCCCAAUCAAAUGCCUCCUCAGGUGCCUCCUCAGAUGCCCCCUCAGAUGCCCCCUCAGAUGCCCCCUCAGAUGCCCCCUCAGAUGCCUCCUCAGAUGCCCAAUCAGAUGCCUCCUCAGAUGCCUCUCUCCCAGCCUAAAAUCCCCUCAGUAACACAGACUCCUCCCAUCACUGCAGGGCCACGGGGUCCCCCACCCGCAGCAGCAGGGGCCAAUGGAGCUUCUCAGGUGAACUUUGACGACAACAACCCGUUCAGUGAAGGCUUUCAGGAGAGAGAGAGGAGAGAGAGACUGAGAGAGCAACAGGAGAGACAGAGAGUGCAGCUGAUGCAGGAGGUGGAGCGUCACCGGGCCAUGCAGCAGAGACUGGAGCAGGAGCAGCAAGGCAUGCUGGGAGUUGGAGUCCCUUCAGGUCCUCGGGGGGGCGAGGGCAGUCUCUCUCAGAUGCCCUUCUUCAGCUCAGAGUUACCGCAGGACUUCCUGCAGUCGCCCCCCCCCUCCAGACCCCAGCUGUUCCCCCCCCCCUCCUCCUCCAUGAUGUCACUUUACUCCGAUGUUCUGCCCGACGACAGGCAGAAGAAGAGAAGCCGCACCCCUUUGUCUUCUGAUGACAUCACAGCCCCGCCCACUCCCGCCAGGUCCGACACUUCCUGCUCCACGCCCCCUCGAGCCAGCCUGGACCAAUCGGAGUUCAGCUUCUCUGUAAGCCCCGCCCUAUCUGGGCUCGCCCCCUCCUCAGAGCUGGAGAGGCAGCUGUCCGUCACCCAGAGAGGCCCCGCCCCUUUAGGUCGCAUGGAGGUCAAGCAGGAGCGAGUGGAGGGAGGAUCUUGUGGGGGGGGAGUGAUAAAGAUGGAGGACUACGGAGGUAAAGAGCUGCUCCGUCACCUGCUGAAAGAAAAGACCUCCCCUGAAACCCUCCAAUCACCAGGGGCCGCCAGACGCCUGCCGUCCAAUGACAGCGUCCGAUCUGAGGAGGAGGAGGGACCAGGGAUGCAUGGCAACGUGAUGGACUCCCCCGACUCUCUGGACCCCUCCGGCAGGAAGAAGCCCCCCCGCUGUAAGAGACUCGCCCGACCAGAGAAAGGACCUCCGAAAAACAAGAGGAGGAAGAAAGAAGAGGAGCUGCUCUCCUCCUCAUCCUCCUCCGAGCUGGUGGGGACUCACCUGCGACAGCUGUCUGUUCUCCCCCUCAUGGAGCCUGUUCUGGGGGGAGAUCUGAACCUCUUCCCCCCGUACGGCAGCUCCUCUCUGGGCUCAGAGUCCAGACUUACAGGCUCCUUUGGGAACGGCUGCCUGGAGGGAGUCACCGACUACUACUCGACCCUCAUAUACAAGCAGAACAACCUGAGUAACCCCCCCACCCCCCCGGCCUCGCUGCCUCCCACCCCCCCACCGCCCCCCCGACAGAAACACAUCAACGGCUUCGCCUCGACUGAAGAGCUGCAGAGGAAGGAGGUGAAAGGUGUGAAGCAGAAAGGGGAGGAGCUUCUGGGUUUAAACCACGCCUCCAAAACAGUCGAUGUCCCCGCCUCCCUGCCGACGCCCCCCCACAACAACCAGGAGGAACUCAGGGUGGACUCGUCGGGCCGCAGUUCUCCAGAAGGUUACGUUCCCUCUUCGUCUCCAGAGAGCGACGCUGAGGUCAGCCGAUACCCCGACCUCUCCUUCAUCAAACUGGAGCCUCCAUCGCCCUGCCCAUCACCUACAUUACCCAUAAUGCCCUGCGCCUGGGGGAAAGGCUCAGCAGUGAAGCAGGAAGUGAAGGUGGAGCCUCACCAUCAGGCUCCUCCCUGCUCCAACACUGAUCUGGUUACCAUCGCCAUCACCCUCAACCCCGUCGCAGCGCAGAGUGUUGCAGAUGUCAUGGCGGCGGUGGCGGAGCUUCUUCGUGUCCCCGUCCCCACCGACUACCAGUUGAGCCGCCCCCCCGGACCCCCCGGCCCAGAAUGCAAUGCUCUCGCCCUGCUGGCCGGGGUCCGGGUGCCCCUCCCUCAGGGUUCAGCAGUAAGCAGAAUGCAGAGACCCCCACCAGCUACUGGGAACACUGGUAUCCAAAUGGACUACAUCCAACAUGGCGUCCCCUCUGCUGCUGCCAGGACUCAGUGCUGCAGCUACUGCAAGGUGCUUCUGGGAAAUGGAGUGCGCAUCAGCAAGGAGAUCAAACAGGAGGGUCAGCCCCGAGCGACCCGCAUGAUGUUCUGCAGCACCAACUGCUCGUCUCUGUUCAACUCCGACGUGCAGAGCAGAGCCACGAACAAGACCCCCCUCAUGCUGGCGGGCCCUGAGCACCCCACCCCCUGCAGGGUGCAUCAGUACACCAGCAACAUGUCCACCAUCGCAGUUCACUCCCUCCUCCUCCCUCCUUCCUCUCCUACCCCCUCUUCCUCACCUCCUCUCUCCUUCCCCCCCGCCGCCGCCAUCACCACGGAGACACGCCCCCGCAUGGACAGCCUCAAGGUGAAGGUGAAGCUGAAGCCCCGCCCCCGAGGUGUACCUGGGGGGGAGGAGUCUAAUCGCUCCGGGAAAAGGACGAAGUGCUGCAGGUGGAGGAGGUGGAGCUUCAACAUCACGCUCAGCAGAGGCCCUUGCACCCCUAACGAGGCGGUUUCCAUGCCAACGGAGGAGGAAGUGGACGUUCUCCUGAAGAAGUUGGGGGUGUGUCUCCUUCCGGACCCUUUCCCUAAAGACGAGCGGAGAUGCUGCUUCUGUAACCAGCAGGGAGACGGAUGUACUGACGGACCGGCAAGACUCCUGAACCUGGACCUGGACCUCUGGGUACAUCUGAACUGCGCCCUCUGGUCCUCGGAGGUUUACGAGACGCAGGCAGGCGCUCUGAUCAACGUGGAGCUCGCCCUGCGUCGCUCGCUCACUCUGCGCUGCGCUCACUGUCAGAGGAGAGGAGCGACCAGCGGCUGCAACCGCCUGCGCUGCACCAACACAUAUCACUUCAGCUGUGCUCUGCUGGCACACUGCACCUUUUUCAAGGACAAGACGAUGCUGUGCCACUUCCACAAGCCCCGCUCAGUGGGAGGAGCCACGGGAGGUGGAGGGGCCAGUGACCGCUGUUCCUCCUCUGGCUCCUCCCCCCUCCCCUGCGACCCUCCCGUCUUGUUGCUAAGCGACCCGUACGACUCUGAGCUUCGCUGUUUCGCGGUGUUUCGGCGCGUGUUCGUGCAGCGAGACGAGGCACGUCAGAUCGCGGCGGUGGUUCAGAGGGGGGGGGCCCCGCACACCUUCAGGGUGGGGGCUCUGCUGUUCCACGCCAUCGGGAGGCUCCUCCCCCUUCAGAUGAGACGCUUCCACAACAAAACGGCCAUUUUCCCCAUCGGAUAUCGAGCCGAUCGCAUCUACUGGAGCAUGAGAAACAGCAACAGGCGCUGUAAGUACCUGUGCUGUGUGGAGGAGCAGGAGGGCCGACCGCUCUUCAAGGUGAGGGUGGAGGAGCAGGGAUACGAUGACAUCAUCCUCACUGGACCCUCCCCCAAAGUGGUGUGGGAUCAGGUUCUGGAGCCAGUGUCUCAGCUCCGGGUCUCCAGCGGGACUCUGAAACUUUUCCCGGUUUACCUGAAGGGAGAAGAUCUGUUCGGACUGACCACCUCCGCUGUGACCAGGAUCAUCGAGUCUCUGCCGGGGGUGGAGGUGUGUGAUCAGUACACCUUCAGAUAUGGCAGGAAUCCUCUGAUGGAGUGGCCCCUCGCUUUCAACCCCACAGGGUCCGCUCGCUCCGAACCCAAAGCCAUCCAGACCAAGAGGCCCACCCUCUUGACCAGUGUGGCCCCCCGCUGUCAGGGCUCUGUGGGCUCCAUCGUGGGCCCGGUGCCCGGCGUCCUCUCCCUCUCUCCGGGAGAAUUACUGGUGGGGGGGGCGCACCAGGGGAGACACUCCAAGGCCUCCCAGUACAGACGCAUGACCAGCGAGUGGAAGACCAACGUCUACCUGGCUCGAUCCCGCAUCCAGGGUCUGGGUCUGUACGCGGCCAGAGACAUGGAGAAGUGCACCAUGAUGAUCGAAUACAUCGGAACCAUCAUCAGGAGCGAAGUGGCCAACAGGAAGGAGAGGCUGUACGAGGCACAGAACCGCGGUGUGUACAUGUUCCGGAUCGAUAACGACUUUGUGAUCGAUGCCACCAUCACAGGAGGACCGGCUCGGUACAUCAACCACUCGUGUUCUCCUAACUGCAUCACGGAGGUUGUCUCUGUGGAGAAAGAGAACAAGAUAAUCAUCAGUUCCUGCAGACGCAUCCAGAGGGGAGAGGAGCUGUCGUACGACUACAAGUUCGACCUGGAGGACGACCAGCACAAAAUCCCCUGUCACUGCGGGACCGUCAACUGCAGGAAGUGGAUGAACUGAACACACACACUCACAUUCACACACACACACACACACACACACACUCACACACACACACACACACACACACACACACACACACACACACACACACACACACACGGUGCUGAGGCUACACUCAUAUCAGAAGUUGUGAAAUAAUAUACUGAUCGUAAAUAAUGACGACAGAAGAGUUUGAUUGACAGACGAGGGGCGGGGCUUACAUAUGAUUGACAGGCGGGGGCGGGGCUUAUGCUGAGGCUGGUCCUCUGUGUGUAUAUUGUGUGUAAAAUGAUGUAAAUGUGAAAUAGCAGAAUGUCUCAUUAAGUUGCACUAUAAAAAAAAUAAAAACACAAAAACAGAUCUCACAGAAACAUACUUGAUUCCCCCCCCCCUCGGCCCCCCCCUCGGCCCCUCCCUGCGUUUUGUUAAUUUCUGUAAAAUAAGAGAUUUUUUUGUUGUUGUUUUUUGUAUUUAUUACUGAAUGAAGCUAUUUUCUAAAUCACCAUGAGUUCGAGGUCCGCAGUCGCAGCCUGUAAAUAUCUGUAUCAUAAAUUUAACAGAAGAGUUUAGAGCGCUACCGUCACGUUUUAAAUAAAGUUUUCUGUUGUUACCUGUGGGCGGCCUUCAUUUCCUGUGUUUCUCUGCCCUGCGUUUUGUCUGCAGGUGUUUUCAGUUUGAGCGUCAGGACUGUGUUCAGGCCACUUUCUGUUUUUUUAUUAUCCCACGUUAAAAUCUGUGUGAUGUUUUUUGUUUUUGGGAAAAAUGUGGAAUCUGAUUUAGGAUCAUUUACAGAAAAUAAAAUAUUUUACAUCUUGAAAAAUUAAA